GACACGAUCGUCGUGCGUUGUGCAGACCGACGACGACAAAACAUAACAACAAAAAUCAACAUUUUUUUCAUUCUGUUAACGAAACGGUGAUGUAGAAAAGUUUUGCUUACAAAAAAGAAACCAAACAUCAACAAAAAAAAACAUGAAAAUAGAAAAUUCUCCAGAAUUUGAAAAUGUGAAAACAAAAAGAAUUGAUGAUAUGUUUGUGAUAAAUUGUGCUGUUUAGUUGGCGUCAUUCGAUCGACCAUAAAAGAACGAAAAAGAAGAAGAGAAAAUACAUUGUAAGUGCACAGACUGUUUAAAAUCCAGUAUUUGUGCAAAAAAUUUGAUUUGAAAUUUCGUCAAUGGACAGUAAUUGUGUUGAGAUUGAUUUUGUGAUGUUGAUCGGUUGCACAAAGUGACAAAACGCCGAUUUCGACAAUGGUAAUUGAUGUAAAUUUGAUUUGUGCAAACGUUAGCCGACAAACUAGUUUCGAUAUUUAUUCAAAUUUAUCGUUUUCAUUUCUAAACAGUGUUUCGUGGUGAACGAUGAAAAAAAAGUUUUCAUAUCGAUAGCAAAAAUCUAAAAUAAACUCGCACCAAAAAAUUUGUGAAUGUCGAGUGUCACUAAAAAAUCGAACAAGAAAUAAAAAAUCCCAGUUUCAUAAUCGCAGACGAUUGAGACAUUGAAGAUAGACAAAAAAAACAGCAACAACGCAGAUGAAUCGAAUAUGAUCAAUUGGGGUUCUUCCAUUGAACAUGAAAACAAACAUCACUUCGAUGUUCGCAACGCGACAAAAUGCGAAUAAUUGAAGGUUGAGUGUUGUACUCGCAAACUAUAAUUGGUUUUUUUUUUCAUUUGUUGCGUUUGUGUUUGAUAUAAAACAAAGGUGAUCGUCAGAUAAAGUGACACAGAAAAAAAAACAAGAGGAUUCAAGACGGUUACAGUGAUACAACGACGUCGCAAAUACACAAAAAUAUCGUUUAUUUCUCAUUGUGCAGUGUUUGUUUAGCUAAACAAAUCGUAUUGAUACAACAGCAGUGAUUAUAUUAUAUUUUCAAUGUUGUCGACAUUCUAAGUGCAAACGAGUAACCUCAACUGGUCAAUUAAAAGUGAAUGUUACAGUCGACGUAGAAAACCUUCUAUAUAUAUAUUUUUUUUUUAGCAAAGUGUAAAUUGUGUGUUUUCCUGUAAACAAAUGUCUUUGUGUGUGCAUUUGAUCAUUUGAAAUCGUCAAUCGGAUUUUGCACACGGAAAAAGUGUGAGUAAACAUUUACUCAACAGCAGCUUCAUAUAAUUCUGUGUAAAUCUACGCAACAUCAGUGUUAGUGUAUAAAUGUGAUGAAAUAAAGUGUGAAUUUCGUGACAAGAGAGGCGAAACAAGUGACUAAUUCUUCGAUAAACAAAAAAUUUAACCAAGUGACUAAGCGAUCGCUUACUCCGAUAAGAGAUGUUAUUUGCUCAAGUUCAUCAAACUGAAGACACACUCGAUAAUACACACAUAGUAAAUUUUGUGAGAGAGACUUAUGAUCAUAUCGAGAGUGACUGACUUUCUUUUGGUAACAAUGUAAAUGUUACACGUUUGAAUCGAAGAACAUUGGAAUUUGAACGAUUUGGAAGCGUAGAGAAUAUAAAAUAAAACGUGAAUAGAGAAGAAAAAAAAAACGCAAUCAAACAUGAAAGUCACAGUGUGUUUUGGGAAUGUUCGUGUUGUUGUGCCAUGUGGAAAUGGGGAACUGUUGGUUCGAGACUUGAUACACGAAGCCACACGAAGAUAUAAGAAAGCAGCUGGAAAGGAUCCUGACUCAUGGACAGUUGUACACCAUUUAGAAACACAAUCGGGUGGUAUACUCGAUUCUGAUGAUCAAGUUAACGAUGUGGCCGAUGAUCGUGAGCUGAUUGUAGCAAAUUUUGAAGAUUCCGGACCGGAUCCGGGCGUACCACAAGGCGGUGGCGAUGGAGCCAGCGGUAGUUCGGUCGGAACAGGCAGUCCCGAUAUAUUUUAUGCACCACCAAAUGAAACCAAAUACGGUUCACAACACACACAUGCCACCAAUACUGAUACGAAUAAUAUUGCACCUCAUAUUGAGGUAACCGAUGCCAAUCAAAUGAAUACGUCCGGAGUGGGAUUGCAAGUCAGACGUAGCAGUGAUCCAUCGCUGCAUCAGCUUGGUAUGGAAAUUCCGAAUGAUCCGAUUGUGAAUAAUUUUAGCCCAUAUAAUGAUGCAACAAAACGUUGGUCGGCAGCACCAGUGUGCCGAAGCGAAACGGAUCAAGUGGAUCGAUUAUUAGCCGUCACCGUCGAUGAUCGAAAGACAAAUGCUAGUCAAUUGUCGCCAUCAUGGGAAACACAACAAUAUGAAUCACCAUCACAACAGCAACAAUUGCAAGUGCCGAAAAGUCCAAAUAAUGAAACGACACCAUCGCAAUUUUCACGGUCUGGCCGAUUGUCGAUGCAAUUUUUGGGUGAUGGUAACGGUUACAAGUGGAUGGAUGCAGCGGAAAAAGUUCAAAAUUCGGCCACAUCACAAGCGUACACAUCAAAAUCGUUGCCACGUGAAUUGGCCAAACGACGCGAACCAUUGGGUCAAGCAUACGAAUCGAUUCGAGAUAAAAAUGGCAAAAUGCUAUUGAUAAUCAAUGAAAAUCGUGGCCCAUUGGGCUUGUCAGCCAUACCAGAUCCGAAAAAUGGUGGACUUCUCGUGCAAAAUGUGGACAAAGACAGUCCGGCCGAACGUGGCGGUUUACAACGUGGUGAUCGUAUUUUGGAAAUAAACGGAUUUAAAUUGAUCGGAGUAUCGGAGAGUUCGAUACAAGAUUAUCUACGACAAAAUUGUGCUGCACCCGAACUGAGAAUGCGUGUGAUCAAGACGACAAAUCUUAUUCAGAAAUUGAAAAAAGAAAUUGACGAUAUGGUCGAAGCUGAGGAAAAGCAACAGCAACAACAACAAGUAGCAGCCACAAAAUCCGCAAACUCAUCGCCAACACGCAAAGUACCCGGUGCAUUGUCAUCAAAUGCGCUUGCCUUACGAAAUAAUAAUAAAAGAAAAAUCGGACGCAAAAUUGAAAUUGAAUUGUGUAAAGGACAGAAGGGGCUUGGUUUUAGUGUGACGACAAGAGAUCAUCAGACGGGCGGUGAUUCAUUGAUUUAUAUUAAGAAAAUUUUAUCGGCCGGAGCCGCCAUCGAAGACGGACGAUUAAGACCCGGUGAUCGAUUGCUUGAAGUUGAUAACGUUACGAUGACUGGCAAGUCACAAAGCGAAGUUGUGGAAAUACUGCGAGCCACAAAAACCGGUUCGACCGUACGAUUGGUCGUUUCAAGGCAACAGGAUCUCAGCGAAUUAUCGGAUGAUAAAGACGUCAUUAGUGAAAUCAAUUGCGAACAAGAAAAUGACAAAACAACGCCACCAAAACCACCGCCACCCGUUUUACCGCAGAAACCAAUUUUAAGGCAGUCGGCAAAGAAGUCACUCGAUCUAUCAUCAACAUCAUUCGAUGAAAACACAAACAUGCACACCCCGCUGAAAGAGAUUUGCCGUGAAUCGAUAUCGUCAAAUGGAAGUGAACAAAAUCAUUCGUUUUCGUUUCGCAAUCGUGAAAUACUCACACUUCACAUUCCAGUGAAUGAUACUGAAAAGGCAGGUCUUGGCGUUAGUGUCAAAGGAAAAACUGGUUCACAAAAUUCGUCGAAUGAAAGCAAUAGUUCACGAACCGACGGUGAUUUGGGCAUUUUUGUAAAAAGUGUAUUGAAAGGUGGAGCUGCAUCGCGUGACGGUCGACUCAAGAUGAACGAUCAAUUGUUGAUGGUAAACGGUGUUUCGUUACUCGGACAAUCGAAUGCUGAAGCCAUGGCUACGCUUCGCAAAACAAUGGUACAUCUUCCCGGAAAAUAUCCAAAAAUGAUCACACUACAAGUAGCACGCCGUAUCAUCCGGCCAAACAGUACAAUCGAAGCGCACGAACUAAGCAAUAAUUCAACAUCAAGUGCUAGUGAACAAUCGGGAAAAACAGUAAUUUACUUAAGUCCCGACAAAAACAACCACACCGAAUCGAUGCACAUCAUGAAAAAUGGCAAUUCCAGCUCACAACGAUCCAUGAACAGAUGGAGCAAUCCGGUACUGGAUCGAUUAACUGGCGGUGUUGUAAAUCAUGUGAACCAAAAACCAAACGGAAUGCCACACUUGGCUGUAUCGAGUGGUUUACGCAACGAUAGUUACUACAUGGCAACAAAUGAUACAUGGAGUCCAAUGCAGAUGAAAGAAAAUAACUCGGUUCUAAUCGAAGACGAUCAAGAACCAUUAGCACCUAUUUUCAAUAUGGACGCAACACUGAAUCGAACGCACGAUUCGAACCAUAGUAUACAUAAGCAACCAAUAUCGCCAUCAUCACCAAAUCCAUGCGAAACAACAUACUCAAGCCAAUUGUCAUUGGAAACAAAUCCACCGGUUGAUCCAUUCAAUCGGGAUGCCAUUGGACGACGCAGUAUGUCAGAAAAGCAUCAUGCCGCACUCGAUGCCAAGGAAACUGACACAUAUCAACGCAAUAAAAAGAUGCGUGAAGAACGUGAGCGUCGUGCUCGACCAAAAACAAUAGCCACACUUGGAUCGAUGGAAUCAAUUGUGGCGGCCGUGAAGAAUACUUCGAAAAAUUCUGACCUAAGCCGAGAGGCCCUCGAUCGUAUCACAGACCUGGGACCAUCGCUUGGUAUGAAAAAAUCGUCGAGUUUGGAAUCGCUUCAAACAAUCGUACAAGAAAUUCAAUUGUCCGAUGAGCCCAGAGGACCAUCGGCAUUGCGAACGCCCAGAGGCAGAGGCAGAGAUGAAUUUGUUCGUGCCGAAGUCGAAAGACCAUCGCGAAAGCAUUGGAUACUCGAAGGAAAUGCAAACACAACAUCAAACGAACAUGAUGACGGUUUCAUGAAUCGUCACGGUCCAUUCCAGAGCUCUUUGAAUGAGGGCAAAAAUAAACGUGCAAAGAAACCAGGCAUUUUGCGUGGCAUUGGACACAUGUUCCGUUUCGGUAAACAUCGAAAAGAUGGCAUUGCAGCGGUCGAUUCAUUUGAUCCGAAUGCAACCAUGAAUAUUACGUUGCCGUCAAAAUCGUCGAACAAAGAAAAUAAAUUGUCAACAUUGUCAUCGAAUGGAUUGAAUGCAUCGGGUCGUGGCAAACCGCCAAAUUAUCAGCCACCACCACCGGUUGCUGUUGGCAUACCGGUCGCAUCAUCAAAUGGAAUUCAUCAGAAUGACGUAUUUAAUCAUCGGUACUCGCACUAUGUUAACUACGAUGAAUUGCAGCAACAAAUUAGUCCGCCUCCUCAAAAUGAGCAAUUAUCCGAAUCAACAUUAGCGCAAAUGCGUCUACAAGUAAUGCAACAAAGGGUGAAGGUCGAAGAGGAAAGUCGGCGGCAUCAACACUAUCAUUCGCAACGAUCAACCCGAACCGUUGAUUUGAAUAGUCAUCAUCAGCGUCCAACGUCAACCUACUACGAAUACGAAACGUUUCAAUACAAUGGCGGCAUCGGCAGUUACAAUCCAAAUAUAACAACGCCACCAACAUCCAAUUUCAACCAUCAUGUAGCGCUGAAUGGAAGUCAACGAAAAAUUCACAACGGUCAGUCGCCGUUAAAAUAUCGGUCGCCCAAUUCACAUGGUGGCAGUAUGAGAAAUCGUGGUCCAUUUGUAACACAAGUCACCAUUCGAGAGCAGCAUGGACAAUCAAAUGGCGCUCAAUCACCACACAACGCAAUCACAGCGUCUGCAUCGAAAAUCUGACCCCAUCGAAACCGAAUUUCGAUUUGCAACCAAACAAUUACCAGGAAUUUAAAAUACCGAUCAAGUAUCGUCUAAAACGUCAACGUUUACUACGAUUUACUUUUUUUUACUUAACAUCUUCUAUUUUUCAUUUCAGUUGAACUGAAUGUGAAAUUUAGAUUUAGUAUUGCUGUAUUACUAGAGUUAAAGUCGAGAUUAAUAGCUCUCAUAUUUAGAAAUAAUGUCAUUUAGCAUAUAGAGUUUUUUCCCUACUUAUUAUUUCAUUCGGAAAAGUUAGUUGUGUUAGUUAGAUUAAAGACAAAUAAAGACAGAAACAACAAUUCCGUUUCAUUAGUUGAUCAUUAUACGAUAUUAGGUUCGCGAAUUUUGUAAAUAGAAACAGUUUUAAUAGUUGAGGCAGUGAGAAGGAAUGAAAGAGAAAUAGCGAAAAUUCAUUAAUUUUUGCUAAAAUUGGGAUGCUAAUGAUAUACGACGUUUGAGAGCACAAAACAGCCAUUUUUGAAUAUUUUUUUUAGAUACUACUCAUUAGAAAUCGUAUGAAGACAAGACAUGAUUUGACUCAAGAGAAGAAGAGCAAGAGAAAAAAAUCAAUUCCAGCCAACAAUAUAAGUUUUAUUCCAAAUAAAUUCAAUUCCAAUUUAAGAAA